AUGUCAAAUGCGCCAGUGCUGCUCGACAUAGGCAGCGACGCCUACGGCCAUCAGGCGGAGGUGGAUGAGGUGAAGAAGCGCAUGGGAAUUCACCACAACUAUUUUGACUGCUGGAUCUUCGGCUUUCUGGAGAACAAGAACUUCAACAUCGAUGAGACCGUCGCUAAACUGCGGCGCCGCGCUGAUUUCGAGCGUGAGCAGCUGGCGACCUACAACGUCACAGAUUGGAUGAUGGAGAAUAUGCGCAAAGGCAUCAUUCAGAUGAUCGGCAACGACAAGGCGGGCCGUGUCACCUUCUACGUGUGCACAGCGCGCGACAAGCCAGUGGCGGCUCGCCGGGAGGAGAGCCGAAUGAACUUCGACAUGUUUGUUAGUUACGGCACGCGGCUUCGACCGGAGACCAAGCGGUGCCAGAUCACCAUGCUCAUCAACCAGGACAAGGCCAGCAUGAUUGGCAACCUUGACAUGACCCUUCAGGCCGACAUUGCGCUUCGCAUCGCCAAGUUCUACCCCGGAUGCGUGGGCAAGAUCUACAUCUGCAAGAUGGGCCGCAUGCUCUCCGCCAUGGCAAAGCCGAUCUUCUCGCGGCUUCCGGCCAUCGUGUCAGAUCGCAUCAUCAUCAUCUCCGACAGCGACAUCCACCACGGAAAGCUGCUGGAGCUCUUCGAUGCGGAAGUGCUGCCGGUCGAGCUGGGCGGCAAGAAUGACUGCAAUCAGCAGGACAACUACGACCGCUUUGCCACCACCAUCAGCAACUACUUUGAGCAGCUCAAGGCGGCCAUUCUGCGGGGUGAGGGGGUGAAGGAGUGGGAGCUGAGCAACCUCCGCAGCGCCGGCUACAUCGAGGAGGUAUCCCGCAUAGAUGCCCUGAAGCGCAGCAUCAUCGAGCCAUCGCUCUCCCUGCGCGAUCCGCUUCUCAUCGCACCGCAUGAGUCAGGCAGGUACUCGCCGUCCGGAACGAACGGCACCGCGACGGCGCAAUGCGUCACCCCUCGCUCACCGGCCUACUACGCGCUCGACGUUGAAGACGACGCCAAUCUCAUCACAUGCGGGACCGACAGUAUAGAGAUGGAUGGCCUCCAGUCGCCAGGGCUGAUGCCGCGGACCAGCCUCAUCAUGUCGCGCUCGCCGUUGCGCAACCUCUUCACUGACUAUGUCAACCAGUUCACCGCCAUCGAAUCUUUCUUCCGCAUCAGCCUCACGGAGAUGCACGAGCGUCAGUGGCUGCAGAUUGUGCAGUGGGAGCUGCAGGAGCGGCGCACCCUUCUGCUGGAAAGCAGUCUCAUCCACGGCGACAAGCUACUGGCGGGGCUGCCGUCGUCGGUGCUUCUGGUGGCAAAAGGGUUUCUGUGGCUGUGCCUCAUGGUCACCUCCUUCUUUUUCCUCCUUGGCACCUGCUUCAUCGCGUUGCUCGGUGUCGUCACGCUAAUCAACAUUUUCUUUGCCAUUCUUGUGUCUCCCUACUACGUGUUUCUCUACGGCACCGCCUUUAUCGUCGUGGCAUCCCAAUUUGUCAUCUUGUGCUCCCGCGGCUUCGACGUGACGCGCAGCACCUUUCAGGGGCGUGUCGUGCAGGCGCUCAGGGCCUUUGGCGCCAAGGCGCUUGCCUUUCAGCUGGUCAUCUAUGUGUGCUGCACCGUCGCCUUUUUUCUUCUCUUCUGCAUCAUGGCCGUCCGCUAUGACGUCUUGACGGGACUGCAGUACAGCCUGGCAUACGGCUGGAUUGUCGCCGUGUGCGUCAUCUUCCUCUACCAUGUCUUAUUUGCCUUUGGCCUGCGGAGGCUGAGCACGCGCUCGUACGCGCACGGCAGCCGGCAGAACCACGCCGAAACGACGCUGUACCUCUUCAUGGAGGUAGAGAUGGAUGACGAGCAAAUGGAGCAGCGCUUCCCGCCGGCGGAGGUGAUGCUGCUCACAAUGGUGGCGGUGCUGUCGGUGGCCAUGGGCGUCGCUUUCGUCACCGGCGGCGGCUUCUUCUUUUUGUGCGCCGCCAUCGUGGCGCAGUCGGUGCUGCUGCUGCUCUGCACCAUCUUUACGAUUGCCCGCAACGUGAGUUCCUCGUCCGACAUCACCAUCUGCGGCGUCUUCUACGCGUCCGUCUUCUGGAUGAGCACCCUCUUCACCAUGUCGCAGAACGGCUGGACUGGCCACUGGGGAAGCUCGCUGCUGGCCUCUCUCUUCGUCAUGCUAUUCUUCGUCAUCACCGGGCUAGUGAGCGUGUACGGGCGGUGGAAGGGUGCGGUGCGCCGGUGGCUCUUCCGCAUCUCCUGGCUGCUGCUACUGCUCCACCUACUCAGCUGUGUGGUGGUCCUGAUGGCUUCGAACUACCGCUUUGGCCUCUUUGUGCUGGCGCUGGCGGUGCACCUGCUGCUGUGUAUCGUGCGCACCAACGAGGCAUCGAAUAAAUACGGCGUCUUCACCAUAGCCGCGUGCUUCACACUGGUGCUGCUCGCCUGCUGUAUUAUGGGUCGCGCUGGCGCCAACGACGUUUACGAGGGAUCCGUCAGCGACGUUCUCUUGCCCAACUACGCAAAUCGCUUCCGCACGUCCGCCGCCGCAGGGCAGGUGAUGCUCGCAAAUCUGGCGGCGUCCCAGACGUGCGCGAGUAGCAUGAGCGGGUGGAGCUCCGUAAGUGCACAUGAGAGCACCUUGUAUGCAAUGCCGCCCCUGUGCCUAACGCAGUUCAGCCCGACAGUCGACGUGAUCGGCAUAGCGCUCUUUGCAAAGCUGGGGCUCAACAAAGAUGUGGCGGGGCAGAACGCCGAUCUCGCUCACUGGUUCCCAUCUUUCAAGCGCGUGCCCAUUUUAGAGACGGUCGACUUCAGGGCCAUGGGCUUUGACGUGUUCCGUGAAGAGACGGCCACUGUCAACACCACCAUUGUGACAACGCGUCCCGGCAGCGACCUCAUACUUCUGAUAGAGUCCAUGACCAUGUGGAUCGACACGUACGCCUUAUCCUUCUUCUCGUUCCUCAUGCCCGUGUCGUACAUUGAUCGGGUGUUGCCUUACCUGGCAUUUGUGCACGGGAUAGUGCCGUCGCAGUGGGAGGCGUCCAUCGACAAAACGACAUCGGCUGUGUGCGCGUUGCUGACGAAGCUUCGCGGCGAUCGCGAAAAUGUUCUCGUCGUCGGGCACGGUCCCGUUGGCAGCAGGGCGGCGGUGAUUGGCCUGCGGGCCCAGGAUAACGUGCGCAGCAUCGUCUUCUCUGGUCCUCCAGUUAUCCUCUCCAAGUUCAACCUGAACGUCACCGCAAGGGUCAUGGCGCGGCGCAUGCUCUCGGUGCAGACGAUGCAGACCCUUUUCUCCACCUGGUAUCUGCGCACCGCUUCCAUGCAGUUUAUCCCCUGCAGCCUCGGCGGCAUGAUGUGUGACGCCAUAAACACCACCAUUGAUGAGUUGCGGCGCCUCUGCAAUUGGUGA